GUCCUGGCUCUCCACACGCCCCUGGCUAACGGCUGCGAUGGGGAGCCCGUGAUGGGAGACCUCCCUGCUCCCCCAUCCCCCAGUGCGCCCCUACCAACGCGCCAGGGCUCUGGGCAUGAGAUGGGGGCCGCUAUUCCUGUUGCCCUGACCUUUCCUGAGCCGUAGGGUCCUGGGGCGCCCGGGGGCGGGGCACGGGGAAGCCCGGCGGUCUCUCCAGUGAGUCGGGCGCAGGCGCUGCGGGCACCUGUUGCGGCGCGCGGGGCGCUGAACAAGGCUCACCUGCGCGAGGCCCGGCCCAGGGCGGGCGGCGGGCGCACAGCUGAGCCGAGGUUCCGACGCCCGGCCCGCGCCUCGGGCUUCCGCCGGGUCAGCUGACCACCCAGUGCGGAACUAACAGCCGGCCCGAGCUGUCCGCCGCCGCCGCCGCUGCGCUCCUGUUCCGCGCUCCGCACUUGGUACAGCGCGCCUGCCCCGUCGCCAUGGCUGGGCUUGUGGUCAGUGGAGCUCAAGUGUCCUACAUAGGCCAGGACUGCAGAGAGAUUCCAGAGCACCUCGGCAGGGACUGUGGACAUUUUGCAAAGAGGCUUGAUCUGAGCUUUAACCUUCUGAGGUCACUGGAAGGACUGAGCGCGUUCGGGAGCCUGGAGGAACUCAUCUUGGACAACAAUCUGCUCGGGGAUGACCUCGUGUUGCCAGGGUUACCCAGGCUCCACACCUUAACCCUCAACAAGAACCAAAUCACUGACUUGGAGUGUCUGCUUGAUCACCUGGCAGAAGUGACACCAGCUCUGGAGUACCUCAGCCUGCUGGGAAAUGUGGCAUGUCCCAACGAGCUAGUCAGCCUGGAAAAGGAUGAGGAAGACUACAAGAGAUACAGAUGCUUUGUUCUGCACAAGCUGCCCAAUUUGAAGUUUCUGGAUGCUCGUAAAGUAACCAAACAAGAACGAGAGGAAGCUUUGGUCAGAGGGGCGUUCAUGAAGGUGGUGAAGCCCAAGGCCUCCAGUGACAGCGUUGCCGCCUCUCCGAAGAGCCGCUACACACCCCUGCCUUCUGCUUCCAGGGAACUCACCAGUCACCGAGGUAUCCUGGGGAAGUGUCGCUAUGUUUACUAUGGGAAAAACUCAGAGGGCAACAGGUUUAUCCGCGAUGACCAGCUCUGAAGGCAAGUUCUAUAUGCCUUAGCCAGUGACAUGAGAGUAAAAGAAAAAAGGGGGAAAAAAAAAUAAAGAAAAAGCUAAAU